UUCCCCCGUCUCCACCGUCCUCGCUUCCGCACGUAUAGCUACACAGCCGGCAGGCCUUUCCGCCUCGCCCAGCAUUUCUCUACUUCCGCCUACCACCCUCUUCCCAUCAUGGCCACCCUCACACCCAUGAUAUCCGUCCCCCUCAAGCAGACCAACGAGAUCGACUGGAUCAAUCCCCUCAAAUCUUAUAUCCGCGCAACCUAUGGCGAUGAUCCAGAACGCUAUGCCGAGGAGUGCGCUACCCUGAACCGCCUGCGCCAGGACAUGCGAGGGGCCGGCAAGGACAGUGCCGCCGGGAGAGAUCUACUCUACAGAUACUACGGCCAGCUGGAGUUGUUAGACUUGCGCUUUCCCGUCGACGAGAAUCAUAUCAAAAUCUCCUUCACCUGGUUCGAUGCCUUCACCCACAAGCCCACCGCUCAAUACUCGCUCGCUUUCGAGAAAGCCUCCAUCAUCUUCAACAUUUCCGCCGUUCUAUCCUGUCACGCCGCACACCAGAAUCGCCAUGAAGAUGUCGGCCUCAAAACUGCAUACCAUUCUUUUCAGGCUUCUGCUGGAAUGUUCACCUACAUCAACGAGAACUUUCUCCACGCACCCUCAACCGAUCUCAGUCGCGAAACCGUAAAGACGCUGAUAGCCGUCAUGCUCGCUCAAGCGCAGGAAGUGUUUCUGGAGAAGCAAAUUGCAGAUGGGAAGAAAGUUGGCCUUUUGGCCAAACUAGCUAGCCAAGCUGCGUUUCUGUAUACACAGGCUACCGAGGGAGCCCAGGAGAAUGUCACAAAAGCUGUUUUUGAGAAAAUUUGGUUAUCCAUGUGCCAGGUCAAAGCCAGUUAUAUGGCUUCCAUGGCAGAGUACUAUCAGGCCCUCGCCGACAAUGACGCCAACUCACAUGGUGUAUCGAUCAGCCGAUUGCAAGUAGCGGAAGCUGAUGCUAGAGACGCGAAUCGGGUAGCCAAUACUUUCCCUUCCUCUGCCCCUACCAAUUCAAAUCUGCCUGCAGACGCCGGCUCGGUGUUGGUCGAGAUGACAAAGAAACAUUUGCAGAAUGUGCAGGAAAAGUUGGCGGAAUUCUCCAAGGAUAACGAUUUCAUCUAUCACCAAGGCGUCCCGAAUGAAGCAUCCCUAACCCCGGUUCCGAAGCUACCAGCCGCAAAGCCCAUCCCCGUUGGCGAGUUGUAUCAAGGUCAGGACAUCCAAAGAAUUAUAGGUCCGGAUAUUUUCCAAAAGAUAGUGCCCAUGGCUGUCACGGAAUCUGCCAGUCUUUAUGAUGAGGAAAAGGCAAAGUUGAUUCGAGCAGAGAGCGAACGAGUUGAAGUCGCGAACGACGAGAUGGCUACUAGCUUUGAUAUUCUCAAGCUUCCGGAUAGUUUGAACGUGUUAAGAGGUGGGAUGGAUCAGGACAUGAUGGUCGAUGAGGAAUUUGGACAAUGGUGCGAAGAGUUGGCUGGUCACGCACCUUUCACAGCGGCCUUCAACCAGCUAAACACUGAUAAGGCCGAUAUAACGAAAUCGCUCGACACUAGCAUGAAACAACUUGACAUGGAAGAGAGCGUGUGCGAGAAAAUGAGAUCAAAAUACGGAGUGGAGUGGACGCAGCAACCCAGCUCGCGUCUGACUGCCACCUUGCGAAGCGAUAUUAGAAACUACCGAGGAGCGAUUGACGAAGCAAGUACGAGUGACAACCAGCUGUACAACACUUUCCGACAGUACGAAGCCGAUUUCGAUGAAAUGCGAUCAGCCGGCGAAACGGACGAGGCCGAUGUACUCUACUCGCGGGCCAUGGUUAAAGCUGGAGCGCAGAAAGGGAAAAGCCCUCGUCCCGCCGAGGGAAAUCUCAUUGAUGAUGACUUUGAUGAUGGGCCAAGCGUUGCAGACCAGAUUGCUGCCGUUGAGGAUUUGCUGAGACGUUUGAACUUGAUCAAAAAGGAGAGGAUGCAGGUAUUGAAAGAUCUCAAGGAGAAGGUGCAUUCCGAUGAUAUCUCCAACGUCCUCAUCCUCAACAAGAAAGCAAUCGCCAACCAAGAAAACCAACUCUUCAAAGCCGAACUCGAGAAAUUCCGGCCACACCAAAACCGUAUUCUGCAAGCUAAUCACAAGCAGUCAUCUCUUCUCAAGGAACUUACCCGCACGUAUUCAGACCUCCUCAAAGAUAAGCGCGUACGUUCUGAGCAGACCAAGUACGACGCAUUCAAUAGGCAGAGGAACAGUGUCAUGUCAAAAUACAAGAGAGUGUAUCAGGCUUUCAACGACUUGAACGCCGGUUUGAUGCGUGCCCAAGGCUUCUAUUCCGAAAUGAAGGACACCGUUUCUAGUCUACAAAAGAAUGUUGAGACCUUUGUGAACAAUCGGCGAUCCGAAGGCGGGCAACUUCUCCAAAACAUCGAACAGAAGAAAUCGCAGGGCGCAGAUCAAGAACAGCAGCGACUCAAAACCUUGAUGGAUCGUAUGUCUAUGGAGCCUUCCGGUUCUUCUCCUGUCUCGGCAAGCGACGGUCGAAAGAAGAGCAUACCAGGUCCGCUUUCCUCAACGCCGUCGAAUCAAGGCGGAUACCCAACAGCAGCGUCUACACAUUCAGCAUACAACCCGGCGGCCUCGCCACCCAUCACCCCAAGAUACCCCUCAACAAAUGCUUCUGGGCAGCAGUCACAGUACAUGUCGCCGCAACCCCACCAGCAACCCUAUGGCGCCUCCUCGAAUGGUUUUAACCAACAGCAACAGCAGCCUCAAUACGCACAUGCCCCUUCUCACUCACAAUCCUCAUACAACCCAACCAACUACGGUCCCGUCUCCCCACCGCCCCACCAAGCCUACUUCUCCCCACCUCCCUCACAACACCCGCAACAGCAACAACCGUGGGGUCAACCCCUGCAGCAGCAACCUCCGCAGCAGCAGCAACAUCAACCUUCAUACGGAGGAAACUACAUGAACUCGACUCCCCAGCCUGGCUUCCCGCAAGGUUACGUCCCACCACCGCCACCUCCCGGACCCCCGCCAAGUCAGCAGCAGCUAGACUAUAGUCAGUACACGCAAGCGUAUCCGGGUGGGCCUGGAGGAUAUGCAGCAGCGCCGCAGCAGCAAAGGCAUGGUGGACAGCAGCAACAGCAGCAACAAGGAGGAGAUCCGUGGGCAGGGCUGAGCGGAUGGAAAUAA